AUGAAUGGACCCCACAAUCCCCUGCAGCGAUUCCUGAACGACCACGAGCCGAUAUCACCACACUCGCUCGACUCACCUCCCUGGGGUGCUAGUACCACAAUCUCUAGUAAUCUUGACGAGAGAGUACUACGGGGACCGCUGAUUGAGCCAAAAGCAUCGGAUCGAUCUGCAUUUCUGUUCCAUCAACUUCCCGAAGAAGUUAUUCAGAGAAUAUUAUGGGCCGUCGAUUCAAAUGGCUUUGCAUCCUUGUGCCUACUCAAUCCAACGUGGUAUAGAAAGUCACAACACCUGGAGCUCUAUGCACACCAUCUGUCACGAUGUCCGUCAUAUGCACUCUCAAACAAUGUAAUUACUGGCCCUUUCCGCAAAAACGACUUGUAUCGGCUCAAAACCAAAUUCGCUGCUGAAGUUCGGCGAAACCUCUUCGCCGCCUAUCUAAGACCUAGAGAGACCAUCAUCAAUCUUAUCUCCGUCAGUGCUAACAGCUCUGCGGCCUUUCCCGGCGGUGAAGCUUUUCGGUUCGAGUUCUCGCCUAAUGGACAAACUGUCCUUGCCCUCAGCUCUUCUAGAAUAUAUGUCCUUGAUGCUGCAUCCGACACUAUUGAGAUUCAGAGAGAAUUGAAGACUGUCAGACGACCUCUUUCUGCUUCCGUUACCGACGAUGGCUCGUUGCUCGCAGUCUUAUCCUCGAAGUAUCAGGCAAAUAUCUAUGGAUUAACAUCAGGUAAUCCAGUCAAGCAUUUGCAGGUCAUUGUGCUCGAUAAUCCACCUCGAACAAUCGCUCUUGCGCAUGAAGGUACUGUCUUAGCUGCUGCAUGGACUGGUGGAAUUGAAGUGUUCUCACUAGCUCACAAUGCACUAUCCACCGAUCGAAGAGCUGUACGAAGCGAAGCUGUUGACUCACUAGCAUUCUCUGGUGACGGUUCCAUGAUCGUUGGGACUUCGCAUGACCUCGAAGAGCCCAAUGCUGUUGUGAUCACAGCGCCAUUCUACUCCGAAAAUGAUCCGAAUAUCACACCUCGGGAAAUCCACAGCCGAAUGUGGACGACGCAGAUCCUAUUUCCGCAGAUCAGCAGCACUGUCAGCCAUGUUGCUUUAUUGCCAGGUCACACCGAAGGCGACACAAAUUGGGUGUUUGCCUACGAUCAUCCAUUAAUGACAUAUCGUGCAGUACGCACGGAUGACACAAGAAGUGGUGUGGUUUACUUUCUUAGUCCACCGACCGAGGAACGCUUUGAGUUUCCUCAACCCUGCGUUGCACCAUCCGCUACCGCAUGUGGCACUCUUGCGGCAGCUGGAUUCCAUGAGCACGGAUUGUUCCUGUAUGGAGUCCCUGAGCGUCUAGAUGUCAGUCCGGAUAUGGGUUCUGUCGUUGACAAGAAUGAAGAGCGUGUGCGUCGCCUUGCUGCUCUCACAUCUGCCACGGGGCAUAUCGAACCUCUAAUGGCAUAUUCACCGUCGGUCUCGGGCAGCAGUCAGAUGAUCGAUAUGGACGAGGAAGGUCUUACUGGCAAGGUAGACUGGCGUCAGAGUCUCUUUGUCAAGUCCAAAGCUGUUCGCACAAUCGAGGGUUUCACAUGUUUGCGGUGGGUAGAGAACUCCGAAGAAAACCCUUGCGAAUUUUCUGGAAAGCGGCUGGUCGUCACGGCGCCUGCUGGGAUGAACAAGUUCGCAGACGAUCUUGGUGAGGAGAACAUGCCAGUCGAUGGAUCGCGGAUCUGUCUUCUGGACUUCGAUUACUCACCUUCGACUAGGGAGAGCCGCGAAUAUACAAUUGAGGUAGGCGACAACGAACCAGAGCUUCUCACAGAACAGCUUGGAAAUAUCGAGGUCGAAGUUGCAAUGGAACGACGACGUACUGUACGUGCUCGUGGCAGGAAUGGUGGAUUGGCUGCAAGAACGAGUUUAACCAGAUCUCAGACAGCUGCUUCGCCACCUAAUCAAUCUCAUAUUGACGAAGUGAUGCGCCGGCAGAUAGUUACCCAUCCAUCACCCGGCGAAGAGAUAGUCAGCCCACUCUCAAGAUCGUCAGGGUUAUCAAGGUCGCAGACUGCUGCAGGGUUUCAGCAUGCUCGGUUCCCACCUCGUCCUCCACUAGGCUCUUCUUUUACAGAUAGCUCUGUACCAGGAUCCAGACCGCACCAUCGGGCAUCUGUCGACAGUUGGGAAACUCCACCACCUCCGUAUGGCCAUGAUAGCCUAGCUGUGCCAUCGUUUGGACAGCGACCACAUACGGCGUCCCAAGCUUCCAGUCACUCGGCCACUCUAAAUGGAAACCUUGCACAACUAGGCACUUUCCAGCCGAGAGCUCUGCCACAACAACACUUGGGUACUGUACAAACCCAAGCUUUACAGCUAGGUCGAUCGACACAAUAUGCGAGACAGAGCACCUCCAUGGAUGGAACAAUGUUAAGUGAACAUGGUCCCAGUCAGAGCAUGGGUCAAUAUGGCCCGGCAGCGCGGAGUCCCCGACCGGACAACAUACCCGAAGAAACAGUAGAACACGAUCCAAAUUAUCGAUACCCGCAAGCAAACCGUCAGAGUCAUGUUUCACCAAUCAGCGCUCCUGAUGUCCCACCUCCGGGCUCUUACUUCGAAGAAGCUGUGCAAGCACAUGGAACACAUCCACGUGAAGAGGGCUUGACACUUCGUUCGACUUUGACCCACCCUAUCUCUCCACCUACGCCAGAUCGUCAAUCGUGGAUGCCAGAUCAGCCCCAAGGACAAUCGCCAAGGUUACCGACUCCAACAAGUGCUGGCCGAAGUGAGAACAGAAUCAGCUUGACUGGUGCAAAUUUACAGAAUCGUCUCAAUCAUCCUGUUCCGCCUGUGCCCGUCAACGAGUCGCCAGCAAGUCGUCAUGAGACCAGGAGCAGUCCACCACAGCAUCAUCUUCAACAAUUCUCGCAAUCUCAAACAACGUCCCAGCAAUACCAAUAUCAACAUGAUUCUAACCGACCGAGCUACAAUACCGGAACAACACCACAAUCCCUCCACACAUAUACCCAUCCAAUUGCACCAAGCAUUCCGACUGCUGAACAGAUGGCACGUCUGAGCCGUCACCAGUCCUCUCUCCCUUCUCCGUUACAACCAGGCCACAGACCAGGUGGCAGUUCAGCGACUCAUGACUUCGCAUGUUCACCGUCUCCCACACCUCGUGCCGCCUGGGGCGCAGCCGGUGUUCCAGGCACUGUGUCCUUCACUCGCGCUCUCGCAAUGCCCAACGGUGUUUCUCGAAGCAGUUCUCGAGGGAGCAAUAGGUCUAUUGGAGCAAGCCGAAGCACGCCUAACUUAUUUACCCCGAGCAUGGGUCUAGGUCACAGUCCAAGGCCAAGUUAUCCACGAUUGGAUACGAUCAAUAGUAUUGGGAGCGCUGGUCUUGGAGCCAGACUUGAGUAUGAAAGAAGUCGUAGCGCGAUCGGAUACCAUAAUGAGUUUGGAAGGAGUGCCACAGAUCCGAAUGUGGUGCUCGAGCAGCCUAUGAUGGAGCGGAGAGUAGGGAAGAAGGGCAAGAAAGAGAAAAGUGGACGAAAGUGUAUUGUCAUGUAA